GGCGGUUGUAACAGCGCCAAAGAACAUAGAAGGAGCCGGUGUAUAUUUCCAUUGGGCCUUUGUAAAGCUUAGAACAUGUCAAGAAAAGCAGCCAAAAAAAAGAAUAUUUCCAGCUCACUGGAGUCUGAAGAUAUAAGUCUGGAAACAACCGUCCCCACAGAUGAAAUAUCUUCUUCAGAAGAGCGCAAUGGUUCCACUAAAGUCACCAGACAGCUGAUUGAAAGGAAGGAACUCCUUCACAAUCUCCAGCUGGUGAAGAUAGAACUGUCUCAGAAGAAUCUCAUGAUUGACAGUCUGAAAGGGGAAUACCUGACUAAAAUUGAAGAGCUUGAAGAGAAACUAAACGAUACCGUUCAUCAGAAACAAAUCCUAGCUCUAAAACUUGACACCCAGACCAAAAUCCAGCAGGAGGAUGCCAGGAGAGAUCAAGAAACAAAGAAAAAGGAGAUGGAAACUAUUUUGCAGAGGCUUGAGCAAUCAGAAGAGAUGAACCGCCAAUUAAGGGAGCGUACAGGGGACAUACGACGUAGUUUACGUGACCUGGAACUGACGCAGGAAAUGUACGACGACCUAAAAGCUCUACCAGAGGAACAGUUAUCUAUUCCUGAAUAUGUAUCUAUUCGCUUCUAUGAAGUGGUCCAACCAUUGAAGAAUAAAGUAAAUGACCUUCAUGUAAGGAAAGAAAAACAGUCUGAAGAACUAAAUGGCUAUAAAGAGCAGCUCAAGAAUGCAAUGCAGAACUAUGAAGAGGAGAGGAGAAGCCGUUCAGAUCUGGAUACGAGAUGUCAGCGGCUGACAUUGCAGCUUGCUGACACUAAACAGCUGAUUCACCAGGGGGACUACAAGAUAGAAAACUAUGACGAAGUGAAAAGUGAGAGAGAUGCUCUUGAACGUGAACUCUUGGAGCUCAGGAGAAAAUAUGAAUUGUUAGAUGCGUCACAUAAAAGCCAGUCAAAGGAGAGAAAUGACUUGUCUCAGGAGGUAAGCACAUUGCGACAAUCUGUUUCCCUCUUGCAAAAGGAUAAAGACUUCCUUAACCGACAGAAUAUGGAGUUGAAUGUCCGCUGUGCCCAUGAAGAGGACCGUUUGGAAAGACUUCAGGGUCAGCUGGAAGAUUCCAAAAAAGCCAGAGAAGAAAUGUAUGAAAAAUAUGUUGCUUCAAGAGAUCAUUAUAAGACAGAAUAUGAGAAUAAACUGCGUGAUGAGCUAGAGCAAAUUAGACUGAAGACAAGUCAAGAAAUUGAUCAACUCCGCGGGGCAUCAAAAGAGAUGUAUGAACGGGAAAACAGGAAUUUAAGGGAAGCAAAAGACAAUGCUGUAGCCGAGAAAGAGCGAGCAGUUGCCGCUGAAAGAGAAGCACUGGCGAAAUAUGAUCAGAUAUUAGAACAAUACAGGCAGUUACAGCUGGGUACAGAGAGCAAAGUAUCUGAACUUCUUCACCAAGCAAAGCUUAAAUCUUUUGAGGCAGAACGUGCUCACAUGGUUUUGGAAGAGACCACACAAAACCUCCAGAAGUGUCAGCUUGAAUGUGAGAAGUACCAGAAGAAGUUAGAGGUUUUAACUAAAGAAUUCUAUGCUCUUCAAGCAGCCUCAGAAAAAAGAAUCACUGAGCUUCAAGCACAGAACUCAGAACAUCGCACUAGACUAGAAACCUAUGAAAAGCUUGAACAAGAACUUGACAAUGUCAUAAUGCAAUCUGCACAAAUGGAAGAUGACAUUGAAGCUGAAAGAGUUCUGUAUUCAUAUGGAUAUGGAGCCAACAUCCCCACUACAGCUAAACGGAGAUUAAAGCAGAGUGUUCACCUGGCAAGGAGACUCUUACAGCUAGAAAGACAGAAUUCUUCAUUGACAAAAGACCUAGAGCAACAGAAAGAGCAAACAGGAAAAGUUUCAUUGGAGCUGGAUAGAACCAACUCCUUACUAGGUCAAGUUCAUCAGCCAUAUCAAUACCUCAUUGAGUCUGUGCGCCAGAGGGAUAUACAAAUAGACAUGUUGAAGGACCAAGUGUCAAAGCUGGAAAAAGAUGUCAGUAAUUUAAAUACAGAAAAGUCUGGUCUCCUUCGUGUCAAAAAUCAAAUGGCAGCAGACCUGGAGAAGUUACUGAAUCAUCGAGAGGAACUGGCAGAAAUGAAACAGGCCUUAGUUAGCCUUCAUAAUAAGCGUCAAGUGGAAGUUGUGCCACGUUCUAAAGCACAUGAGCGGAAACUGGCGGCUAAACUGAAAUCCGGAUCUCCAGAGCAACCUCGCCAGGAAGACAAUGUCUAUCUACCUCAGCCUACUUUGUUUACAAAAAAGGAAGCCCCAGAGUGGUACAAACGGCUGAAGAAGACAACAUAGAAGAUAUCUAUCUGUCUGUUGAAUUCAUUUUGGGGAGUUUUUAAUUAUUUA